AUGAGUACCACUAUUGUUACUUCAAUUGCUUCUUUAGUUGUGUUUAUAAUUGUUGUUGUUGGUUAUGUUAUUAAACGAAAAGAAAAAGGAUAUAUUUCAUUUUAUAAUCCUGAAUUUAAACCUGACGUUAUUGCAUUAGAAGAAAUGGUGAAUGACAUUAAAGCAGUUUAUGCUCGUCCAGUUAAAGACACAUCAGUUUUCAUUGAUAUUCCACGACUUGCUCCAAAAGUUCAAAUAUUUAAAGACUCUUUAUUAGUUGUUUCUGGUCCUAAAAUAUCAGAACAAAAUCCUGAUUAUCAGGCUGAAGAAUGUAUUAAAGCCGUAGUCUGUGGUUUAGCAUCUUCAUUAGAUGAAAAAGAAUUAGCAAACAAAUUAACUUCAACGUAUGACAAAUAUUUUCCGUAUGUUUCUGGUAAAAGAAAUGGAGAUGCAGCUAUUUUUGGAGAGAGUUAUUUACAAGAAAAUAUUGAAGAAGGUGAUCUUGUGCUUUCUAUUCUUAAAACUAUUACACAAUGUAUGUUUGCAAGUGCUGUACAGUAUUACGUUCCAUUAAGAAUGAAAUUUCCAUAUAGAGAUGUCCCAAAUGGAUGGAGAGUUGAUAUUGAUGUUACACCAAAAACAGUUAUUAUUAAACACCAUAAAAGAGAAGCUAGUGUAGUCACUGACCAAUUCUUUUUUGAAUGGUCAUUAAAACUUGUAAUAGAUAGAAACAAUAAAGAAAUUAGUGAAAUUAAAACAUGUGUUGAGUAUGUGAAUUUUAGUGAUCAAUGCAAUGUAACUGAUCAAAAUAAUUUCAGACAAAUUAUUGAUGCUUUAAAUAAAUAA